GGCUGCGCAACUCCUGAAUCUUGUCACAGUUCUCUUGCCGCUCGGUCUAUACAUAUUGCAAAGAAGAGAUCUCGCCUUGAGGUAGAUAACGCCGAGAACUCACGUGAGGAUCAAGGCCACUGGACGGACCCGAAAAUCGAAAGUGGCAGGAGGACAACUCACCUGACCAGAUUGUGGCACAUUAGCCAUCUUGAGCAAGGGCUUGCGACCUGAAUGGGACGGUGAGCCUGAGGAUGAGGAUGAUAUAGGAAUGGAGGUUUCCAUUUGUGCCUCUUUCGCUUCUUACAACCCUCAUAGAACAGACACGCAUUUGGACAGACUGCACUCGAACCCAACAACGCUGGCAGCAAUGACUCGUCCGGAACCUUUCCAGCGUCACCCCGCGUUCACGAAUAAGAGGCAUUGGAGUCUGGCGUUCGAUUACCAUGAGACGUCGCCCAUCCUGGCUGAUGACAGAAGCGUUCGCCCUUGCUAUGGACUCCGGCAGAGAAACACUAGAGGGGCAGCCCCUCCCCGAAGGAGGACAGUCCACAAAGUCUUGUCGAGCAUGCUGGAAGGUGGCGACGAUGUCAAAGAGGUCGCGACUUCGCCCUGGACAGCUCAGAAGCCUCUUGAUGUUGGCGCUCAGACGAGCGAGGAAGAUUUCUCAGAGCUCGACGCGGAAUCAAAGCAGGAGGUUGAACACGAGUUUUGUCACUGCUCCGACGUGCAGUCGCUGAUGAGCGAUGACGAUGCUCUCUCGCUUAACAUUUCUGAGGUCUCAAGUCACACAACAAGCUGCGAGGUCAUUGUGGCAAGAACGCUCUUCUAUUCUGUGGAUGAGAACUCGUACACAAGCAUCACGCCGAUAUACUCUAGAGAAAGCAAGAAAACCACCAAAGUCAAGGACUUUUUUUGGUCGUCCCGGAUGAUAAUACCACGACUUCGACAAACAGCCAAAAAAGUCAUGAACCGUUUUGUGGCGGGCAGAACUGGGCCCGAGAUCGCUGCCGGCUUGCCAGACUUGUCGUAAUCCCAUCCACGAAUGGCGAAUAUCGUCUCGCCGCCUUUGAAUAUGUCGCUAUGCAUGAUGCUGUGUAUGUUGGUCCGUCGUCGUUG